AUGUCUGAAAAUAUGGAUGAUUUGGAGGUGGGCGAACUGGAGCAGCUGUUGCUAGAAAAUUACGACGAAGGCAUCUCUGAGGAUGUGAACGAGGAGGAUGAUCCUCACACCAGCAGUGCAACGGAUGGAGACAAACGAAAAUUGACCGUAAAAGGGUCUAGUUUUCUGCUGACCGAUUCCUGCAACGUCGAGGGUAAUGCCCCAGAACCUACACCAAAGCCAUUUACCAGCGAUGCUACCUCAAAUGUACGCGAUGCAGACAUCGAUUCGUCGGAUGAUGAGGAAACGAGAAACUUUCUCGAGCGCAAGUACAAUCAGUACGGGCGGCAGAUCAACGACAUGCUAAAAUCGAAGGAAGCCGAAAAAUCGGACCAAAAGCUCUCGACGUGGGUCGACCGAAAGUUGUGGCAGAUCAAUCGAAGCACCCCACAAGCUCCCGCAACUCCUAAGCCCGAAGACAGGACAGCAGGAAAGCAGAUUGGUCAGCAGGAACGCACGCCUAAUAGGGCAACCCAACAGCCUGUAGGGACAACAGCCCCCAAGGAAAGCAUUCCGGCGGUGUUUCAGGCGAACGUGCACACGGAUCCCGUAUUCGGGUUGCGGAUUGUGCACCCGUUGGUGUCCAGUCAGACACUACAGGAACAAAUGGAGGGCAAAAAAGCGGUGCCCUUCAUGCGGCUGCGGAAUUUUGUCGAAACGGCCGAUCUUCUGCAGGACUGGGUAAUCGGUGGGGUGCUGAUUAGCAAAAGUCCCACGAAAAUGACGUCCAAGGGGAAGCAAUUUGCGAUCUGGAAAUUGAGCGAUCUGCACGGCGACAUUAAAACGGUGAGCAUGUUCCUGUUCGGGCAGGCCUACAAAGACCUGUGGAAAACGGCCGAAGGCACGGCGCUGGCCAUACUCAACCCCAACGUCAUGAACGGAAACAGCGACAGAAAUACGGAAGCCGCCAUAUCGAUCGACCGCUCCACUAAGGUGAUGGUGUUAGGGCAGUCACGGGACAUGGGCACGUGCCGGAGUCGAAAGAAGAACGGUGAACGCUGUACGGCCAUAGUGAACUUGGGCAAGUGCGAGUACUGCGUGUACCACAUUAAGCAGGAGUACAACAAGGCCAGCAAUCGAGGUGGGUUAGUGACGUCGACGGGCGGUCGCGGUUUAAAUGAGCUACGAAACAAGGUCCUUGGCAAGAAUGAGUUUUUCUACGGUGGACAGAGCUACACUGCCAUCAAGGCAGUAAAGCACCCGAAGCAGCUGGAAAAAGAUCGUCACCGGAUGAUGACGUUAUCGGAUUACUUCCGUUCGCCGUUCGAAGGCGGUAAUGGAGACGGAGCAUCAGGAUCCACCCCAUCGACAUCAUCGCCUUCGGUUCCGUCUUAUCGUGCGGCAGCUACGACGCCAAAAACGACCUCAAAACCAUCGGCAGCUAGAAUUGAGCUAAACGUUGGCCAACGCGUGAAGGACGUGAAGCGUUUACAGAGCCUCGGCGUAUCGUUGGACUUUUUGCAAACAAAGGGCCAGACGGCUUCUCCGACGGCACAAUCUCAAACACAGGCCGUCCAACCGGAUCAGGCUCCCACGGCGCCGAACUCACUAGAAAAUAGAAAAUUUAGCUUCGAACUUGUUCCCCGUUUAAGCAGGGACUCUUUUGAUAUCGAACUGACUAAGCCUGUAAAAAAGGCUUUGCAAUCGCGCGCUCUUGCAUCAAAAAUAGUGAAGCAGAACCCCAUCGAGAAAUCGAACCCGAACUUUAUCAAGUAUCGUGGCACGGAACAAGGCAAGAAGCGUGUUUUGGAGGAAGUUUCCAAGAACUCCGCAAGCGAAGAGCAGAACGCUAAACGACAGAAACUGCAGGAUGAAAAGGAUGAGCAGGAUCGCGCUCGGAAGGAGCACAUAAAGCGCAUCAUGGAGGCGAGUUCGUCCCACCAGGAUUUGGUAGUGGCACGGGAGAACAUCCAGCAGGAAGACUACUUUAAGACGCUCGAACGCAAAGAAGCAAUGGAAGAGAAGAUGCUCAACACGUUCAAGGUGGCGUGCAAGGCGGUCAGCUGCGUCCAGUGCAAGUACAUCGCCUUUUCCGCUGCGGAUCGCUGCAAGCAAGAAGGGCACAGCCUACGCGUGCACGAUGCCGAAAAGCGAUUUUUCCGAUGCGGCGACUGCGGCAACCGUACUGUUAGUCUGUUCCGAAUUCCGAAGGUGAGCUGUAAGUCCUGCCAAAGCUCCCGCUGGGAACGGUGCGCAAUGAUGCGCGAGAAACGUGGAGUGCAGAUUGGUGAUGUGUUGUCGAUUCGGGGCGACGAGGAGAAAUAUUUGGGCAGUUUGGCUGGAGCAAAUGCUAGCCUGAAUCUGUUGAUGCCGGAGGAAAGUUGA